AUGGCGGCUGCGGAGAAUACUCAUGAGGAGCGCUACACCUCCUCGGAGACUGUGGGGGACCCGAACCAUGAUCCGCAGUUUGAGCCUGUAGUGUCUCUUCCUCAGCAGCUGAUUAAGACCCUUGAAGAAGAUGAAGAAGUGCUUUUUAAGAUGCGAGCCAAGCUGUUCCGAUUUGCAUCUUCGAAUGGCCUCCCGGAAUGGAAAGAGCGAGGGACGGGUGACGUGAAACUGCUGAAACACAAGAAGAAAGGAACGAUUCGCCUCCUCAUGAGAAGGGACAAAACCCUGAAGAUUUGUGCAAAUCACUAUAUCACCCCGCUGAUGGCGCUGAAGCCCAGUGUGGGCUCUGACCGGGCCUGGGUGUGGCACACACAAGCCGACUUUGCUGAUGAGAGCCCCAAGCCCGAAGUGCUGGCCAUUCGCUUCCUAAAUGCGGAAAAUGCCCAGAAGUUUAAGGAGAAAUUUGAAGAAUGUAGAACCGAGAUAGAAGAAAGAGGAAAGAGGCCGGGAGCGGGCAAAGAGAGCAGCGCCGAUGAAAUGGUGGAGAAGUUCUCGGAGCUGUGGGUGAAGGAGAAGGCAGGAAGCCAAGAGGUCGAGAGCCCCGAGGCACCGGAGCAGGACACCAAGGACUAG